CUAAUAGUAUAAAUUGCGCGAUAACUUUGGGAAACAAAUUAAAAUAGUCAGAGAAUAGAUGAUUGUUUCCCAGCGAAAGUUCGACGUUGGUUUGGCAUUGUCAUUGCAAUUUUUGAUGUAUUCCUCUUCGGUGGUUAUCACUAUGGUUUCAAUUCCCUUGUUGAAGUUUACAAGUCAGUUGGCUUGUAUGCAUACAAUUGUACACAGGAGGGAUGUUUAUAUCAUGAAAAUAUGUUCGGUGUUGUCUUUAUUGUCUGGAUGGUAUCACAAAUGUGUCUUAUUGUCCUGGCUGGUGUACUCUUGGAUAAGGUGGGAUUAAGAAUAACGAAAAUACUCGCAACAAUACUAUUUUCUGCGGGUACGCUAAUGUUUGCAUUCACUACUGCUUCGACUGUGCCUCUAUUCUAUGCUGCUGGGAUAUUGGUCGCUUUAGCGAGUAUAUGCAGUUUAAUAUGUAAUCAUCAAGUCAGUUCUAUGUUUCCACAUAUACGUGGAUUAUGCAUAUCGUUGAUUUCUGGAGCAUAUGAUUCAAGUACUGUGAUCGCCUUUAUAAUAUCACUGACAUAUAAGGCAUUUCCAUUCAAAUGGUCAUUUAUAAUAUUGGCUAUCUUCGCGGUGUUUGUUGGAAUUUUCGUGGCACUCUUUAUUCUUACAAGAUAUUCGAGAGAUAUGGGGAAGUAUGCUGCUUCCAGUAAAAAAGAAGAAGUCGACUUCUCUGAGAAUUCAUUGACCGGCGGUGAUGUACCAAAAUUAGAUAUCUACGGUGAAAUAUCUGCAUUACUGGAUGAACGUUUUCCAUCACUGAAAAGUUGUGUCUUCUCAAUGCCAUACUUGUUAAUCAACAUUUGGUUUACACUAGGUUUAUUUCGUUUCUCAUUUUAUUUAACUCAUUUUGUAAAGCAUAUUACCGCUAUGUUUAUCACGGAUGCAACGCUUAAAGUACAUUUGUUAACCGUAUCUUCAGCAUUUUUUCUCUGUGGAUUUCUUGUCGCUCCAAUUACCGGUACUAUCAUUGAUUAUUUCCUUCGUAGAGCUAGAAAUAAAAUUGAACAGAUGUUAAUUCUUAAAAAAGAUUCCUACUAUCCGAACAAAAUUUACUAUACUCUAGUGGGUGGAUUAGUUCCAGCACUCAGUCUGAUGGCUGUAUUUGCUGUCCUCUUGAGUAUAAUGAUGUUUAUACCCCAGUAUAUAGCAUGUUAUGCUGCAUUCAUAUUCUUAGUUAUCGUUAGAUCCCUGCUAUUCAGUACAUUUAUUAGUUUCCUUCUUUCAGCUUUCCCAGUACGUUAUUUUGGUACAUUGAAUGGAAUAUCUAAUGCACUGGCUGGAAUAAUCAGCCUGUUACAGUAUGCCUUCUUAGAGACUUCCACUCUUGUAGAUAAUAUUGUCACUUUAUUGAUUUCAACAGGUAUAUUUUUCAUACCAAUUGUAUUUUUAAUUCUUUCUAAGAAGAAUUGAUUUGGUUUUUCUUCCCUGGAUUAUUUUUUGUGGCAGUGUUUAUUCUUACACAAACCAACGAUCAUAUACUUCUUUUCGUUUAUUUCAAUAUUAUGUUAAAUUAUAUGAUUGUUUUUUUCUGUCUUCGAAAGUAUUGAACAGAGAAAUAAACGUUGAAAAUGAUUUCUAUCGAA